UUCACUUUUACUUUACUGUCCGUGCUGAAACGCGAGAGCAAAGAGGAGCUGCGGAAGUUUUCUUUCAUUUCAUCUCAGCAAAACAGAUAGAAAGGCAUCAUUCAACGAUGAGAUUUCAUGGUAGGUUUGUUAUUUCCCGUUAUCUUUCCCGCAUGCCAAAGCAAUUCGAAUCAAAGUCCGAAUUCACUCUUCCGAAUUUCCUGCAUCCAACUCCAUUCUUCCUUCGUUCUUAUUCUACCGAAGUGCAACCUCAACUGUCCCCGGAGAUCUUGAACAUAAUGGAACAAAGACUCUCCGCUAUUGAGUACAGGACUGCUUGUCUUAACAAUUUUCUAAAUCAGCCAGAAGCAUCACCAUCAGAGUAUGCAAGAGCUAACAAAGAACUUCGGAAGCUAAGUGGUUCUAUGGACCUUAUUAAUGAAUUGAGGGCCAAACAGAAGGAAAUUGAUGGUUUGAAGUCUCUAAUGACCGAAUGUUCUGAGGAUAGGGACAUGCUUAGUAUGGCUACAGAGGAAAUGGGCCAGGCCAUAGAGGAAGAAAGAAGACUGCAAAAUUUGCUGCUGAAGUCCUUACUUCCUAGGGACGAUGCUGAUGAAAGGGAUUGCAUUUUGGAGGUGCGAGCAGGCACUGGUGGAGAGGAAGCUUCCUUGUUUGCAAUGGAUAUCUUUAGAAUGUAUGAGAAGUAUGCUCUCAAGAAAGGCUGGAAGUUUGACGUAGUAGAUAUAUCUCAAUCUAGUUUUAAAGGAUACAAGGAGGCUAGUGCAGCGAUUGCAGGAGUCGGUGCUUUUGGGAAACUAAAAUUUGAGAGUGGGAUUCAUAGAGUCCAGCGAGUUCCUGUGACAGAAAAGUUGGGACGUAUUCAUACCAGUGCUGUUUCUGUUGCAAUCCUUCCUCAGGCUGAUGAGGUGGAUGUUCAAUUGAAGAAUGAAGACUUAAGAAUCGAUACCUAUAGAUCUGGGGGUGCAGGUGGUCAGCAUGCAAAUACAACCAACAGUGCUGUUAGAGUGACUCACAUUCCAACAGGGAUUACGAUUGCUAUACAAGAUGAGCGCUCUCAAAUAUAUAACAAGGCCAAAGCUCUUAAAUUACUGUGUGCAAAACUAUAUGAAAUGGAAAGGCUCAGACUUCAUAAUAGUCAAUCAAAGCUUCGAUCAGAGCAGAUUGGUAGUGGGGAUAGAUCUGAACGCAUCAGAACAUACAAUUUUCCUCAGGGUCGUGUAACUGAUCAUAGAGUUGGUAUCACUUAUCACUCUGUAGAGGAUGUGAUGCAAGGUGAAAAUCUUGAUGUCUUCAUUGAUGCUCUUCUAUUGCAAGAAGAACUGGAUGCAAUUGCGGCUUUUAGUUCUUCCCAGUAAAAUCAGUGGUUCAACUUUUCCUGAUUAUAAUAAUGUGUUAUUGGUGUAAUUUACUUUUGAGAAGAUAAUGUUUCAUAUUUUGCUUAUGUUGCAAGGCAGAGGAAGAAGUUGAGAUAACAUAUCACCGAGUGAUGUGUUGUACGAUUAUGUUAGUUAUUUGAUUAGCAUGUUUACUUGUGUUUCAAUAUUAUGGCAAAAACCCGCCCAAUUUUAAUUCAGCUUAACUUA